CGCAUAUUUUGUCUGUAUAUGUCUAUGCACUGUAGCCGUAAUGUAAUUCGGCCCAUAGUCUGGCUUUUUUGCGCUUGGUGUGGUUCUUCCUAAUGCAUUCUAGGCGAAUUCGACUUCAAGGCUGGUAGAUCUAUACAUAAAACUAAACUUGUGAAAACACAGGACACUUACUGAUCUGAUAGGCCUACCCUAUAGUUCCCAAGUUAAUCGAGUCUGAAGAUCAUGGCCGAGUUGAACCAACACGAUGUGGAGUCCAGCAAGGCUCAACCUAGCGGAGCUGGUCGGAAAAGUGCCUGCUGUGGGAUGGACAUGGAUUACGUCAGGUCAAUCAAUGGUAUACUGAAAGGCAACCAAAUCGGCUGGACGUGUCUGGCGUUCAUCAUGAGUUGGUUUUGUGGAUUGGCUGCUCUAUCUAUCCUGUUUGCAAUUGCCAUGUGUUUCGGGCUUGUAUUGACGAUCGUGAUCUUCGUAGCCUUUGCCUUUUCGCUUAAAUCAAAGAAGAUCGACUUCUAUUUAGCGGAUUUUCUUGUCAGCAUCGUAGCCACAGUUGUCUACUUCGCGUUGUCGUUGCCUAUGCUCAUUCUCUCCGGAGGGGCGCCACUCUUUAUUCUUGCGGGAAUAUUCGGCUUUCUGGCGUUGGCUGGCUUCUUCGUGAAUAUUUUGUUCAGUUUCAAGAGAUGGCGAUCUUCUGGCACGAGAGCCGCUAGCGAUAACCAACCCUACGAUACGAACCAGUAAAAAAAAAGACCCAUCAUUCUGCGGUGCCAAACAAAAGGCAGAUAACAGAACGAGACAUAAAACUGGGAAACUCAAAAGAUGUAAAACUUGUUUCGAAAUAUAACCGUAAUCAUUACAGAAACUUGUACUGCUUGUGAGGGAAAUGUAACAUUAUAUUUAAAGGUAAUUGGUAUUUAGUUUUAGUCAUUCAAAUUCGGAAGAAAAAGUCAUUUUGCUUACUGCAUAUUAAGUCAGUAGUUGACUUAGUGGGGCGCGUCACGUAACAAAAUAUUGAUCACCUGUCGCGCCCGACCGAUUCAAAUCUUGGUCAUUUUCGAACUCAGUUUUGUUUGCAUGCAGCUUCGAUUUAUCUCAACCUCCAGAGUCAUAUGCUCGUUUGGUCAUGUUGCUGAAAAUAACGAUGUGAGAUUCCGAGUUUUAUUUGAAGCUUUAGCUCAUAUGUUUCAAAAUUAGUGAAAGAUUCGAAUCGGUCCCCAAUACUGAAUGGCGGCUUUUUUGUUGCUACACUGAUGCCAAUGACUAAAUAAAAUAGCGACGGGAUUACGUUCUACACUAUUCCCGCUUAGAUAGUAGCAUGCAAAUUGAUUUAUUCAAAAUUCAUGGCAUUAUGUAUUUCAUUUAUAGUACAGCAUUCAUUGCGUAUGUUCCGAGCUUCAGUUCCUCGUUUUGUAAAGUUUCGAGUAUAAGCGUGUGAUUGAUGUACUUCUUUUCAAAAUUUAAGGUUAGGUCUAUUUUCCAGCUGUUUUCAAUAGCUUUUGUCAAUUUCGAUGUUUUGGAGAGACGUACGUAGCUUACAUUGCCAUACCAAAAUCUGUUAAAUAAUAUUUUGGUCCUGAGUUUGUACAUUUAAAAAGGUAGUUACAUAUGUAUUUGGAAACGACACCCGAUCUCGAUAUCAUUGUUGCUGGAAGGGUACCAAAUCCGCAGCCCGACUCCAUUUUGCUGUCGUAUUUUCUUAAUUGACUAAUGUCUUAGGAUUUCAUGGUUGGGCACUAUUUAGUGGAUGCGUGAUAUCUGUAAAUAAAAAAAGCUGCGGGAGAUUGACAAGCCUAUAGUGAAAUGCCUAAUGAUGUAGAAACGACUAGUUGGCUGCAAAAGGCUGCAGAAGCGCCCUCACACGACCGUACGCAUGACAUCAAUGUCACGACCAAUCAAAAUCAAGGUAGCCCGGCCCGUACCCGCCUACAUAACCUGACGUCAUGAAUAUCUUAAACUUUCUUUUGAGAAAGUAAAAUAAAGGCAUCGAGUUCAAAUGGCAUACUUAUAGGAAAGAAUGUAACUACGAGACGCCACUUCAGCGGUUGUGUACAAAGUCUAUGGAGAGUCAAGAAUAUUUGCAAAGUAUGUCCCAGCAAAAAUUGGAAAUGUU